UUUCCUCCCCAUCUCCCCAUCCUUCUUCCAGAUAGAUCUACCUUUAGUCUAUCCUUCACAGUCAAGAUGUUCGCUGCUCGCCAGUCCCUCAACCUCCUCCAGAAGCGUAGCUUCUCCGCUUCUGCCAGCCAGGCCUCCAAGGUUGCCGUUCUCGGUGCCGCCGGUGGCAUUGGCCAGCCCCUGUCCCUGCUCAUGAAGCUCAACCCCCUUGUCACUGACCUCGCCCUCUACGAUAUCCGCGGUGGACCUGGUGUCGCUGCCGAUGUCAGCCACGUCAACACCAACAGCACCGUCAAGGGCUACGAGCCUACCCCCUCUGGCCUCCGCGAUGCUCUCAAGGGCUCCGAGGUUGUCCUCAUCCCUGCCGGUGUUCCCCGCAAGCCCGGCAUGACCCGUGAUGACCUUUUCAACACCAACGCCUCCAUUGUCCGCGACCUCGCCAAGGCCGCCGCUGAGGCUGCUCCCGAGGCUAACAUCCUCGUCAUCUCCAACCCCGUCAACUCUACCGUCCCCAUCGUUGCCGAGGUCUACAAGUCCAAGGGUGUCUACAACCCCAAGCGCCUCUUCGGUGUCACCACCCUGGACGUUGUCCGUGCCUCCCGCUUCAUCUCCCAGGUCAAGGGCACCAGCCCCGCCAACGAGAACGUCACCGUCAUCGGUGGCCACUCCGGUGUGACCAUCGUUCCCCUCCUCUCCCAGUCCAACCACCCCGACAUCUCCGGCACCGUCCGUGACGAGCUGGUCAACCGCAUCCAGUUCGGUGGUGACGAGGUUGUCAAGGCCAAGGACGGUGCUGGUUCCGCCACCCUCUCCAUGGCCAUGGCCGGUGCUCGCUUCGCCGACUCUCUCCUCAAGGCCGCCAACGGCGAGAAGGGCAUCGUCGAGCCCACCUUCGUUGAGAGCCCUCUCUUCAAGGACCAGGGUGUUGACUUCUUCGCCUCCAAGGUCGAGCUCGGCCCCAACGGUGUUGAGAAGAUCCACGAGGUUGGCCCCGUCAACGAGUACGAGCAGGGUCUCAUCCAGACCGCCCUCGGUGACCUCAAGAAGAACAUCCAGAAGGGUGUUGACUUCGUCAAGGCCAACCCUUAAAUGGUUUUUGGACUUGCUUGAAGAAGGAACCAAAUUGCAAUACCUCUCUGCAGCCGCUUUUCCUCCCUGUAUAACAGUCUUGUGAUAAUCCAUACCCACUUCCCGCCCCCUAUGCACAUCCCCAUCUCGCAUGUGGCUUUUAUAUCGGAGGAAAUGUAGCUGCGGAAACUCGCAUAGCAAUGAGUUUUUUGAGGAGCCUGGGUUUGCCAGGGGAGAUGGACAUGAACGUGUAUUUCCUAUAAAUAAGAAAAAUCUAAUGAUUCAAUGACUAGUAUUUGUA